AUGUCCAGAAGACACCCGGGAAACUACGGCCUUCCAGACAACCCGACAUGGAUCGAAUUUCCCCGCUCAGAUGGAGACCCGUCCCUCCUCCCGAAGAACACGGCCAAGGUUGUUGACCGCGACGGGAGCGUCAACUUCAUGCGUCCUGUUCCGCUCGACGAAAGUCUGGCGCUUAUGUGGAGGAUAAACGUCGGCAGGGAGGUUGCAAACCGGAUGGGACUUGCCGAGGGACCAAAAUACGUCCUGAAAGACUUCCCUCAUGGAUACCAUAUGUAUGACCACAACAAAGGCCCCGAGAAAGCACCGAGACACGACCCGUAUUUGUGCGGAUCCACCAGCGUCAACAGGUUUCGUUCCACGAACGAGUUCAUCCCGCAUGCACUAUGGCUCAUGACCGACGCGACCAUGAACCGGGGCAACUGCAAGUGCAAGUACUGUACGAAGCAGCCGCAGCGCAUCAUAUCCGACACCAUGGGCCUCGCGACGACCCGACGUUCUAGCUCCAUCAUCCCUACACCUUCAGCCUCGCGCCUACCCCGCCCGCGCCGCGAACCUCAGCAACGGCAGCAACGCCCGGCACCAACACGACCGUAUGCUUCAGUCCGGGACCAGCCGCGCCCGCCCGCGACCUUAUUGACCGGCCCCGAGCAGUUCGUUGUACCCGAACGCGACCAAGACAUACGGACUGCAAUCCACUUCAAUGAUCUCCAGCGACCCCGGCAGUUCAGGAAGGGCGAGCUCGUGUGGUGCAGUUUGCCGGCUCCAAUCCGCGGGCAACAUUCGACCGAGGACAUCUGCUUCUGGCCGGGCUUGGUCGAGGAAAUUCAUUUCAAGGUCGAGAGCCCAAAGGGCUCACCAGAUGGAGAUGCGAGCACGGAGCACCUGAACACGGAGGCUGCAGAGGGAAACCCAGCUCUAGGCGCGGCCAAUUCGCCUCCCACGGCUCCCGAACAAAUGGAGGGAAAAGCCCCCGGAGUCGGAUCGAAAUGCUGGUAUGUUUACAGGCUCAAACUUAUCUCAGUCCCGCAUUUUCACCACGUCGCGGACGACGGGGUGCUGCCAUACCUCGCGAAUGCUCCUGCGACACCCACCCUGGACCGCAUACGGGAAGAGCUCGAGGCGUUCUUGCACAAGGUCUCAAUACCCGAGAUGGACGCGGAGCUCGAGAACAUGGUCAUCCAGUACAACCCUAUGGGCCCGGAAGACCCCGACGAUUACUAUGAGAAGUUCCGGCGUGCGGCGCUGCCUUACACCCUCGCGAUCCAGAUGGCAUCGACUCUCGCCCAGUUCUGGCUCCCCACGGACCAAUGGGAGUGCACUUUCAACCUUCUACCUCCGACUCUCCCCCUCCCUCGGAGGAACCCCAGUGCGUCCGCGACUCCGACGCACCCACUCUCCACGCCUCUCCCGGCAGGCACGCAAACCCUCCACUCGGUCAUUCAGCAGUCCAUGACUCAGAACGCCUCCUCGCCCUCCAAGAUCUCGGGUCCGGACGGUCCUGUUUCUGAGGCACAGAGCAUCGGCGUCCUCGGCACAGUCUCGCGCGCCGCCGCGGCGCCACAGACGGUCGUGCAGUUGCGCUUCCAGGGCGUGUGGUGGGGCACAGAGCGGAUCUGGACUGACGAGCUCGUGCGGCUCAAGAUCGCACGCUGCCAGUUCGCGCCCCAGGGAACGGACCUCAUCUACCCUCCCGCAUAUCCGUCCCCGUCCUCGUUGGAGGCGAUGGAGGCGAUGGGCGGCAUCGCUGACCCAUUCGCUGCAGCGGGCGAGAGGGGGCUGUUCAUGCGCCUGGAGGGCCUGUUCGUGGUGGACAUCCCUGGGCCGGAGGGGCAGGCGUCGACGAGGGAGUGCCGGGCGAGCGGGACGGUAUUUGAGCUUGUGGACGAGGACUGGGAGGAGCCGGUUCCGGCGACGGCCAACGGGACGGACAAAGGGAAGGGGAAGGAGCGCGAGGGUCCCGCUGCCGACUCCAAUGGAACGGGCUCUCUCCCCACCUCCGCCGCGGCCGCGGGAGGCGCUGCACCGAAGACGGACACAGGCCCGCAUCUGAGCGACCAGCUCUCCCAUCCCGUGCUCUCCACACCGUACCCCCUCCCAAACCCACCGCGAGGCCUCAAGUUCCGGCCGAUUCUCCGACCAGGACAAGAAGCCGUCGUGUCGCUGUCGCUCAUCAGCGGGCGGUACUACCCCGAGCUCUUCCACCACCCGCUCAUGGCUCCACAGCUGACGAAGGCGAUGGAUCCGAGCGAAAGCCAGAAACAGUGGGCGCGGCAGCUGUUCGCGAUACACGGGCUGACGGCGGGCGCGGCGACGUCGAUGGAGCCGCGGUUCUGGCGGCAGUCGCGACAGAUCAUGCUGCAGGAAGCUGGCCUGGAGGCGCGGAACCGCCUCAAGCAGCACUGGGAGGAGGUCAAGAUGGAGCGGCUGCACCCGCGGUCUGCGAGCACGGCGGGAGAAGGAGCGAGUCCGAUGGAGGUCGACUAA